UACAUAGAUUUAAUUUAAAUUGUUUAGUGCCUUCUCUCCUCCAACCGAUGUAUUCAAGACAUCUCCGUAAAAUUCCUAGCUGACACAGAAUCAUUUUAAACUAAAUCAUAAUUCCAUAAUUUGGGAACAGUGAAAAACAAAAUUAAAGUACGAACAAAAAGAAGUAUGCUGUUGUUACCCAGAACUAUUCUUCUUUUGGUUGUGAGCAUAUUCGUAUCAGUUGGAGCACAAUCACCUCAACCGUCCAUUCCAGUUUUACCUUAUGGGGAAGACCCUGAACAAAUCAUGGACAUUUACCUUCCAUCUUCUGAGACUGAAAGGGUCACUAAAAUAGCUAUUCUUGUACACGGGGGUGCAUGGGGACGUGGGAAUAGGACGGAAAUGGAGGAAUUUAUCCCAUUCCUUCAAAGAGACUUUCCGAACAUUUGUAUCGCGAACAUGGAGUACAGAUUAGGAACCCAUGACAAUCCUGGAUUUCCAAAACAAUUGGAUGACAUUGGGCUGGCAAUUUCCUAUUUGAUAGGAACAUUCACACAAAAUGUUACAUUUGUUUUAAUGGGAGGCAGUGCUGGGGCACAUCUUUCAAUGCUGUACGGAUAUGGGUGGGAUCGUAUAGAAGAAAAUAUCAAAGCCAUUGUCAACAUAGUGGGUCCCGUUGACCUCAAUGAUCCAUCCUAUUCUCAAAAUCCACUCUAUUCUGAGCUAUUUUACGACCUUGUUGGUCCCUGUGCCUAUUCAGAAUGCCCUGACCUACACAAUGCUUCAAGCCCAGUUAUCUAUGUCACACAAAAUUCUACAAAGACAAUCGGGUUUUAUGGAAGCCUGGACUUUCUCGUUCCGAGUACUCAGAUGCCGAUAAUUAGGGAUAAACUUGACGAAUUUGGUGUCACGAAUAAAUUUUUUGUCUAUGAAGGGGGACAUCAUUGGAAUUGGUCGGAUGAAGAUAGGGAGGAUAUGCGGGUACAGAUUACGGAAUUUUUAAAUGCUCAUUGGUGAAUUCGUGAAUUAUUCAGAAGGACCACGCGUGAUUUCGGGUGCUGUCGGGCCACGGGUGUUUAUUUUUUUAAGAUUAUUAUAGAGUAAUAAUAAAUAAAUAAGGAUUUCAUUAAUUGAUUAUAUACAUACACAAGUUAAGCUCGAGCAAUUAUGUAAUUGGUUAAUAAAUAUAUGUUCAAAUUUUCAUAACAUGUACAUUCUCCAUAAUUUGACAAAUUCCAUAUAGGUAGUACAUGUUUAUAAAUUCUUGUAACUCUCUCAAAUUAUUUAGUCCACUUAAAUAGUACUUACAACUUACCUAUAUUUAGUGCACCAUGUACAUCUAUGUAUAAAAUUUCUAUUCAAACCUGACAUUAAUUUUGUUACUUCCUAUACUGUUUAUAUGUAUUCUUUGUCAUAGUUGCCUAUUCUAAUUAAUUGGUUAAUAAUCAAAUACUACACGCACAA